UAAUGGCACUCGAGCACAGUAAGGUUCACAAGACAUUCGUGGCCCGCGUUCUGGUCAACGAAUUGAAUCCGUGGUCAACGGCCGAAGCGACCGGAAAACCAAUUCUAUACGCUUUGAUUCUUCACCGAAUUAGGAAUAAGACAUCGCUUCAGACCAUCGAUGAUAUGACAAAACUAAUCGCGUUAAUCAUCGACGUGUCCGCCGCCGAGAAAAUGCCGCCUAUUGUGUCGCUGGAUCAGCUCUUUUUGUACGUUAUAAGCGAUAAGAAUGUGACCACCGAUGACGGCGUUUACGCAAAGUUUUUGUUCAUCAAGAGUUUGGCUGAGUUAACACCGGACGACAAGUGGCCGGCCAUACAAUCAGAUCCCGUGCCAGUGAUUGUGUAUUUAAUGCAAUACAUGGACUCGUAUUGGCGUCAACCGCACCGCAAACAACUAGUCAUCGAACUCUUGGAUCUGUUUCUCGCGAAGAAGUUCGCGAACCCAUUGACGGACGAAGAGUUCGGUUAUUUGGAGGCAAUGAUGAGCCAAACGUUCAACAGAUACGACCACCAGAAGGCGUCCACUUAUAAGAUAUAUAUGGUUUACUGCGAGCGUCUGUUCCCGAAGCCGAUCGCGGAUGUGAUAAACAUAUCGGAAAACAUAUUCCACGACCAGAUCCUGCAC